AUGGAAAGCUUGCGUCGAGAGAACAAGUCGCUGUCAUUAGAAAUCAAGGACUUGACCGAUCAACUUACUGAAGGGGGCCGCUCUGUUCAUGAACUGCAGAAGAUGGUGCGCCGUUUAGAAGCCGAAAAGGAAGAACUACAGAAAGCUCUCGAUGAUGCAGAAUCUGCUCUGGAAGCAGAGGAAGCCAAAGUGCUUCGUGCGCAGGUAAACUUUUUGCUUUACUGA